AUGAAUAGGGACACAUUCUAUUUCGUUAUCGUUUUUGCCUUUUUUUUACUUCUCACUGAAAACGGCAAAUAUCCUGUUACUGAUUAUAGUGAGCGCGCCCUCAAUGGCUACAAAGAAAUCCUCAAGACAGCAAAAGAAACAGUCACACAAAGUCAGUAUGGGCUUGGAUAUGGCAAUUUGACAGGUCUCAAAUUGUCCUAUGAAGAUAACUUGGCGGAUAGAAAUGCUCUGCUCUGGCCUUUCCGUGAUUACACACCAGGACAGCCUUGGAAAGAAAGACAAGAAGACUCUCUACUCCCAGACAUUGUGAGUAGCAAGGUUAAAAGCUUCUGGGCCCAAGAUCGGGUAUCACCCGGCAAGCCAGCUUACUUGCUAAAUAUUUCAGGAGAUGUCUAUGGCGACUUCACAAUUACCAAACCUUCAACUCCUUUAAAACCGUACCUGAACCAGCUACCUAAGUUUUUGGAAGAAUUCUACGAGGCUUUGCGGAAUCAAAAAUAUGAAGAAGAGAAACAGCGCUACGAAGAUGAUCCAGAAAACAAUCUGCCGCCACAGGAAGUUAGUGAUACCAUUGAAAAAGUCGGAAAUAUCACCACAUACACUGAAGGUGAUGUCAUACUACAAAUUAGAUCUUUAGAAUCAACUCUUUCGGAUGUCGACAUUGACAAAAGCGAGUUGGGGCUUCACAAAGAUGCUGUACUUGUGGCGCUACUGGUGGAACUAAGAAACCAUCCAAGGACAGACUCCAACACGUUCGACAUGUUUGCUGUGUAUUUCCAAGACACUGGCUCCUUGGUUGGUCUUACCAAGUCCGCUAAAUUCAUGGGUCUCCAUGCGUUACCCCACUUCACGCAAAAUCUGGAAAAUUUCGAAAAAUCCAAGUUUCUCGUAUCUAAACUCCUCAAUUUGACCAACAUUGACAGAGAUAUUGCUGCUGAAGAUGUAGGUAGAACUGUGGAGCUGGCACAAACCAAAUGUGAAUUAAUCUCUUACAUUCAACUUGAGAAAACACAAUUCGAUAAGACGCAAUUGAGUUUCAUAGAUGAUGAACUCAAGAGCCCUCAGGGACUCCCUUUACCAAAGAGAAUCCCACGGAUUGAAGUAAAGAAAUCGCUCUUCUAUUCGCCAGACUGUGGAAUUCUAUUUGAGAGUAGUACCGACAAGGAUUUCGUCGGAAUUAGACAGGAGGUCAAGUAUUCCCAGUUGCGCAAAGCAUUGUUUUUCGUAUUUUUGUUGGCCAUCUUGGAACUCAGGUUGUUCAUGAGGCAAACGAAGUAUAGUCGGACUCCAAGUAGUCUUUCGAAUAUCUCAACCCUCUCGAUCGGACUUCUCAGUGGGUAUGAUCUGUUAAUCGCAAUGAUUAUGACCCUGGUAAUGUGGUUGACAGACUUAUAUUUGAUCUGUGCAUGUCUUGCAGUCUUCAACAUCUUAUUGUUCUAUGUUUUUCAACUUCGAUACUUGUUGACAAUAAGUGCCACUCAGGCAAACGAGCGAGGAAGCACUUGGAGAGAAAUUCUCAGAGGAUCUUUGGUCAGAAGAAAUAGUGGUGAUAGGGACUUGGAAGCACAAACUGACACUACGCAAGCUGCAGCUGCAGCUCCACCUGCGACACAGCCAGUCGCAGAGGCAGCAAAUCAAGGUGAUACUAUAGUGCAAAGUGCUACAAACCCCAUGCAAUAUUUUAUGAUCAGUUUCUUUAUCUCGUUCGCUGUCACUGUGAUCGCUUUGAAUGCGUUCAGCUGGAGUCUUUGGGCCCUUCGUUUUUUCGAGUACUUCUGCCUCCUUGUCUUCAAUUCCUAUCUUUUCCCUCAAUUUUUGAGAAACACUCUCAAAAACAAAUCUCAAACAUUGUCUUGGGAAUUCAGCAUUGGAACUGCAUUAGUCAGAUUGAUUCCUCUUUACUACCUUUGCUUGAAUCCGUCCAAUCCAUUCAGGCACCCUUACGAUCCCGUCUUAGUUAUAGUUAUAACAUGCUGGUUGCUGGCUCAACUAGUUUUGUUAUUCUGUCAAAAAAGAUUUGGGGCAAGGUUUUGGGUGAAGAGCAAAUGGCUUCCAGAACAGUACAAUUAUCAACCAACUCUUACAUUAAAGGAUCUAGAGACAGGGUUCUCCUCUGAUAUACUAGCUAACUUGAAACCCGAGGAGCAACAAGGUGAUUUCCUGCUAUGCGAGAUUGAUUGUGCCAUCUGCAUGUCUGCGCUUACAUUGCCAAUUUUUGUCGCAGAUAAGCCCAUUGACAAAAUCGCAAACCCUCUAAUGAGCAAAGUUCUAGUCACGCCUUGCCACCAUAUUUUCCAUUUGACAUGUUUGGAGGAUUGGAUGAUACAAAAAUUGCAAUGUCCAGUCUGUCGCUCCGCCUUACCGCCAAUAUAA